UUCAACCAUUUGAACAUUAUUUAGAGAAAGAGAGUUUGCAUACUACUACUUCCUUCUAAUCCCUCACCACCAAUCAUAAAACCAAACCAUUCUCUUCUCUUAUUCAUCCCACUAUUCCAAUACCAACAUUAUGGAUCAUAAUCACGAUCCCGUCUCCGACGAUCCCAACACUCCGCUUCUUCCACUCCAAGACCAAACCCACCGAUCACAAAGCUUCCACUCAGCCAUGAAAUCCGUUCUCACGCCCAAUAACUUCUAUGUAGUUUUAGGACCUCUUCUAUGCGCAGCCAUAUGCGUUUUUGUGAAGAUAGACGGGCCGGUGAGUAGCCGGAACAUGCUGGCAGUGAUGGCUUGGAUUUUCGCUUGGUGGCUGACGGGGGCGGUGCCGAUGCCUAUAACCUCCAUGGCUCCUCUCUUCCUCUUCCCGCUUUUUGGAAUAGCUUCAGCUGAUGAUGUUGCUCACUCUUACAUGGACGAUGUCAUUGCUCUUGUCCUCGGCAGCUUCAUUUUGGCUUUAGCUGUUGAGCAUUACAACAUUCACAGAAGACUCGCCUUGAAUAUUACAAUACUCUUCUGCGGGGAUCCACUGAACCCUCCCCUGCUCCUCCUUGGGAUUUGCGCCACGACAGCGUUUGUGAGCAUGUGGAUGCACAACGUGUCAACUGCGGUGAUGAUGAUGCCGGUGGCGACCGGAAUCCUGCAUCGCUUUCCGGUGGGUCUCGAUCGGUCCGUGUCCAGCAAGUUCUGCAGAGCUGUGGUUCUAGGGGUGACUUACUCCGCUGCCAUUGGAGGGAUGAGUACUUUGACCGGGACAGGUGUCAAUUUGAUAUUGGUUGGAAUGUGGAAGAGCUAUUUUCCUGAAGCGGAGCAGAUCAGCUUCAGUACUUGGUUCCUCUUUGGAUUUCCAUUGGCUCUGUUGAUUUUCUUGGCUUUGUGGAUCAUACUUUGCUGCUUGUAUUGCUCCAAAAGUUCAGGCCCUGCUCUCUCUGCUUACUUGGACAAAUCCCAUUUGAAGAGGGAGCUGGAAAUGUUAGGUCCAAUGGCUUUUGCCGAGAAGAUGAUAUUAGCUGUAUUUUCGAUGUUGAUUGUUUUGUGGAUGACAAGAAGUAUUACAGAUGAUGUUCCCGGCUGGGGAGCCCUCUUCAAUGGGCGCGCUGGUGAUGGAACUGCCAGUGUUAUGAUGGCAACAUUGCUGUUCAUUAUUCCUAACAAGAAGCAAACAGGUGAGAAGUUGAUGGACUGGAACAAAUGCAAGAAGCUACCAUGGAACAUUGUGUUGUUACUAGGAGCUGGUUUCGCCAUAGCUGACGGGGUCAGAACGAGUGGCCUCGCAGAUAUACUAUCCGAAGCCUUAGAUUUCUUGGAAGUAGUCCCCUACCUGGCAAUUGCACCAGCCGUGUGUCUCAUCAGUAGUACCAUCACUGAGUUUACAUCAAACAACGCCACUACCACACUAGUGAUCCCUAUCCUAAUUCAAAUCGCCAAAAGUAUGAAUGUGCAUCCCCUGCUUCUUGUGAUUCCAGGAGCCGUCGGGGCUCAAUUUGCUUUCCUGCUUCCGACAGGAACCCCUUCAAAUAUAGUCGGGUUCAGCACUGGCCACAUUGAAAUCAAAGAUAUGAUCAAGGUUGGCUUGCCAUUAAAGGUUGCCGGAAUUGCAGUGCUUACACUUUUGAUGCCUACCCUAGGAACUUAUGUAUUUGGAACUAAUGAGCCAGUUCUAUGAUGCACGGUUGGGUCUUGAUAUAGAAAAAUUAAUGUAUAUAGUAUACAAAUACCGUGGAAAAAGGAAACGAGGGCAACAACUUUGCUUCCCUCAUUUCUCCCUGUUAUUUUGCAUUACUUCAUUGGUUGCACUAUUGUGUGUAUAUUUGAUUGUCCACCUUAUUACAAUCAUUUUCAAU